AAGGCUCUCCCGGGCUAUUGCGUAAUUAAGUGCAUUCGUAGCAGAAUUGUAUGAUGAAUGCAAAGCGGUUUGAAUAAUCGUUUGAAGCAGUAAUGUUUGCUUUUGUACUACUGGUCUCAUCAAAAUUAUUAUAGCAAAUUGAUUUUGCUAUAAUAAUGUGCUCCAAACUAAAUUCUCUCGGGUAUUGCUUUAUGUUCACUUCCAAGUUCAAUACAAUUUGUGAGGUUAGAAAUAUAAGUCUUUCUUACCAAUAAAAGACAUCGCGAGAUUACUCUAAACUCGCUAGCACAACGUUGUUCGAGGUUGAUUAUUAUAGCACUUGCAGCAUUUUAACUAUUUGUAAUACAUGCACAAUUUGUAACGAUUUUACUGCAACCAACUUGCACUUCUGUUCACGGUGGCCACAAGAAAGAAACUGGGCAGGAAAACUAGUAUUUUUGAUACGGUAUAAACUUAGCCCAUUAUAACUGUCAGUGUCAUCAUACGAGCAGUGUCACGUACACUUGACAUGGGUGAAAUGUACUCCAAACGUGUGCAUAUGGGUUUUUACAAUCUCUCCACAAUCCAGGGUGCGUUGUUACGAUUAAGGAACACGACAAUUCGGCUAAAGAGCACGCAUAAUACUUAUGGCCUGAUGUACAUGUACCAUACCGGUAUAUAAAUGUGUCGCCGCCAGUGAGAAAGACAUGCAGUUCCAGCUGAAUUGUGUACAGCAACUAACUAGAGCAACAAUGAAUUCGUUUGCGCUUUCGAUUGUCGUACUGGCGGUGGGAGCCAUCUCCCUGUCCGCUGGACUACAGCACUACGUGGUGGAGAAAAGCUUCAACCAGGCGCAGAAGGAGUGUGCCGAGUAUCAGGGUGUAGCACAUGACGAUCUGCUGCGCUACGUGAAGGAAGGCUACCCAGACGUGGAGGAGGUACGCUGUUUGCUGCGUUGUGUUGCCUUCAACCUUCGCUUCUGGAACCACACCACCGGUCUGCAGAAACACAUGGUCGAGGGACACUUCGUGCCGCGUCCGGAUGACUUCCACAACGUGGAGCGCACGGAGGCCUGUCUGGCAGAGAACUUGUACACCUGCGACGAUGAUCUCUGCACGCAAGUGUACAAGGCGUUCCAGUGCUACUACCAGCACUACGGUGCGCUGAGCGAGUGCCCACAGUUCGUGGUCAACACCUACCAUGAGGAUUUGCAGGCCUCUUACGAUCUGAUGGGUAUGAUGGCUCUGACCCAGCACACGCUCCAGAACCUGGCCGGAGGUUGCUUCCCGAGCGGUGAGGAGUCCCUGUGCUUCUUCUACGCAUUUGUGACCCGCACCGGACUGUACAGCGUGGAGGAUGGUGCCCAUCUGGAGCAUCUGUACUACCAGUACAACGAGGAGGUAUUCAACCCCAACAAUGCCAAGACUGUCGCCUGUCUGCAGAACCAGAAGAAGCUUGCCUGCAAGAAGACCGUCUGCCAACAGGCCUACGACACCUUCCAAGCUUGCUUCGCUGAGUCUCACGGUCUGGAGUAUCUGCUCCACACCGUGUUCGUCGACUCUGCCAAGAACUUCCUCGGUCAGCCUGUCUGCUACUGCGUCAAGGGCAAGACUUGCCCGAUGCACCAAUGCUAUGGACGUUAA